UCUACUCUCAUUAUUAGACAACAGCAUCUCAUGAGCUGUCAUGCUGGUCCCCGCACCACCCAAUCCGCAGUAUGCCAACAAUAUUGGAUAUUAUCAGCUCGUAAUCAGGUACGUCGUGUCAUACACCAAUGCAUCAUCUGCAACCGAUUUCGCCGCUCAAAUUUGCAACAACACAUGGCCCCGCUACCAGCCGAACAGGUCACCAUCAACAAACCAUUCAAUGUGACUGGCUUGGACUUUGCUGGACCUUUUAUUUGCAAGACAUCUCUGCUAAAACGUGCGCAAACUACAAAAGGAUAUUUGUGCAUAUUUGUGUGUUUUGCCACAAAAGCCACUCAUCUUGAAUUUCUGUCUUCUAUGUCGGUCAACCACUUUAUCGCCGCACUACAACGAUUCAUUGCCCGACGAGGUACGCCUCAUACGCUAUGCUCUGACAAUGCCAAAACUUUUGUAUCCGCCGCUAGAAAAAUGCAUGAAUUGGCCAAGCUUUUGGAAUCACUACCCUCUGAUGUCACUUGUUUUCUGUCCAACCAUGGCAUAAAUUGGAAAUUCAUCCCUCCUUACGCACCCCACCAUGGAGGCCUGUGGGAAGCUGCCGUCAAAUCCGCUAAAACACUGUUGUAUCGCUGUAUUGGAGACAAGGCUCUCACAUAUGAAGAAUUUGACACAAUAUUCACCCGCAUAGAAAGCAUUUUGAACAGCCGACCAGUAACUGAACUGUCUUCACAGCCCGCAGAAGCCGCUUCUGUUCUAACACCUGGCAAUUUCCUAGUAGGUGGACCCCUGACCGCACCACCACAACCGAUAGAGACUAAAGAAAUACUAUCAACUCGCCGUUGGAGACAUUGCAACCAAACGAUGCAAUUCUUCUGGAGCCAAUGGUCAAAAGAAUAUCUAUGCACACUAAUGAACCGCACAAAAUGGAAGGUUACUGAAAGAAACUUACAGAUUGACGAUUUGGUUGUAGUCAAAUCAAUCAACACCUCGCCGCUAAGCUGGCCGCUAGGCAGAAUUGUAGUGCUGCACCCUGGCAAAGAUGGACUUGUCAGAAUAGCGACAAUCAAAUGCACCUCUGGUAAUAUUGUGAGAGACCUAAGUAAAAUUCACUGCCUCAUUUAGAACAAUCUCUAACUAUGUUAUUGUAAAUAGUUUGGUUUUACCCGCACAACCUGUGACUGUCUGCGUCGCUUCGUUAUCGCCGCCUUGUGUUAUCCACUCUGCCGCAACAUCCUGAUGACCGCACCGCUGUUUGCUGCUUUGCUCCACUUAGCUGUUUUGAUGACCGCACCUCUGUUGACGCUUCGCUCCAUCUCUAUGACCGCAGCACAGUUCAUGUCUACGCGCAUUCCACAACUUGUGCUGUGCCGCCCCGCUUGUCUUCACAUCACACUCCCGUGUUCACACCACAUCGCUCUGGACUUCUCCGCUCACUGUAUUCAAGACCGCAGACCCAUCGCCAUCUAGUUACUGCCACAAUGUACAGUGUUUGUUGCUGCUUCACCCGAUUUAAAAACUGUUCGUUUUUGGGGGGGAGUAUGUAUGGGCCAAGCCAUUUGAAUCGACCACACUCACCCACGGCCAUCUAGCGUGCCACUGCCAUCAGCCGCUCUAAGAUCGCUUAGUUCUAUAUGUAGUUGGCACUGUUCUCCCUGUUUUCCCCCGCCUUUUUCGCUUACCAGCUCUCUUCCGAUUUGUAACUGCUUGAGGAAGCUUGGUGCCCUGACGCUUCACGGUUGUUUCUCUUUUUAAAGAAGUCAUAAAUGUGUUACCGCUUUGCUUGUUUGAAUUUAAACUACUACCGCGACUAGUUAGGGAAAGUUAUUGUUAGAGUACUCCGCUAAAUAUCUAGAUUUGGAUCUUCUUUGUGUAAUCUCUUUGCUGCGACAUGGGCCCAUGUAUUCAUCAUCGCCAGUGCAAGUGAAUCCUGAUUAUCUGAACGUGUUACCGCCUACCAGAACGAGGAGACCGCUCUUACAGUCCACUGUGAACCCGCCAUACCCGAUCAAGACGCCUUUAAAGAUUAAGAACUUUUCUACUAAGCAGUAACGGGGCGCCAACCUGCUGCAACAGAUAAGCGACUACACUGCGCCUCCUUCCCAAACUGCAGAUCGAGUAGGACUUGGAUUACGAGACCAAGCCACUACAGAAUCACGGAUCGGCGACUACGUGAACGACAAGUCGCCAGAGAGCCGGCGAUCGAGUAGCACUUGGACUACGAAACUAAGCGACUUCAAAAAUCACACGGAUCAGCGACUACGUGAACGACGACGAAUCGCCUGAGCUGACGAACGAAUAGGACUUGGACAGUGAAACCAAGCUACUCCAAACCCGAGAGACCCAUGCGAUCAGCGACUAUGCGAACGACGAGCCGGUGAACGAGCGGUCAACGCAACAAUCACACAAAUUGAUUGAUACCAAAUUCACCAGACGAAGAAGCUCUCGGUGCGCAGAUAUGUCACUCGUCGGGUUUCUUAUAAUUCAGCUCAUUUCUUAUCAAUCCACACCUUUUUCACAAGCCACGAUUUACCACACGG